CUAUGAACCCAGCCUGUUCAACCUUCAUCUGCCUAUGUUUACACGUGAUACUGCCAAGCUUUGAGAUUGAGGCCUCGAUGGAGGAGAACACAGAUUUCAGGCCUCAUGUGGAGAAUCACACCAGACUGAGGGAUGACACAAGCCGCAAGUACGUGCGCCUGUACCAAUUGUACAGCCGUACCAGCGGGAAACACCUGCAAGUCCUGGGAAGGAGGAUCAGUGCCAAAGGCGAAGAUGGGAACAAGUAUGCCCAGCUCUUAGUGGAAACGGACACAUUUGGCAGCCAAGUCAGGAUCAAGGGGAAGGAAACAGACCAUUACCUCUGCAUGAACAAGAAAGGAAAGCUAGUGGGAAAGCUCAGUGACAGAAGCAAGGAAUGUGUCUUCAUCGAGAUAGUGCUGGAGAAUAACUACACGGCCCUGAUGUCUGCGAAGUAUACAGGCUGGUAUGUCGGCUUCACCAAGAAGGGGAGACCAAGGAAAGGACCCAAGACUCAACAAAACCAACAAGAAGUGCAUUUCAUGAAAAGAUACCCAAAGAUUCAGGGAGAGACCCAGGCACCGUUUAAGUUUACCACCGUUAAUAAGAGAACUAAACGAAUACGGCCUUUGAAUUCCAGUUAGAGGACCUCACAGAUCAUGAACUGUCCCAGAGCAUUAUUUUUGCAUCAUUAUUAUUAAUAAGAAACACAAGGAUGAUCUAUUUUUGUAUCUUGUACGACAGGUUGGGGGGUGCUGGGAAAGGGAAGAGUUGUAUGUAUUUGUUCCAACCCUUUUUAAUGUAAUCAACCUGUCUUAUUUAAAGGAAAGCUGUUGAUUUGAACAAUUGGAACAAAAAAAAGCAAGAAAGAAGAGAGAAAUAAAAAUAUAUAAUUCAUGGGACUACGGCCCCUCUUUACCGAUUGGUAGUUUUCUGAGGGGGAAAAGAAAAAUAUAUAGAGGACGUUGACGAAUAUGCAAGUCUGACUUGUCUGGAGAUAGUGUGUUGCCUAUUGGUUCUUCUGGAAGUAUGAAAAUACAACAAACUUCAACUUCUCUUGGAUCUCGAGCGCUUCUCAAGGCAACGAAGCUGUUAUUUUUUUUCCAAAAUAUGACUGUAUCUUGUCCUCUGUUCUGGACAGUGCUACAGAUUG